AUCAAAACCAUCAUAAAUUUAGACAUAUCUCAUCUCCCUCAGCUUCUCCAAACACACUUCUUACAAAACCUAAUCACACUUCCAUUUCUUACAUUUCCAUAUUUAAAUGGACAAAUCCCUCUUCUCCCUAACCAUUCUUUUUCUCACUUCAUUAACUCACUCGCAAUCCCGAAAACCCGACGUCGAAUUCGCCCGAACCCUCGAUCUCUUCGUCGCCGACUACACAUUUAGUUCUUACAACAACACUAGCUUCAAAACGGGCGAGCUCCAACGGAUCGAUUUGCCGGGAAAUCUCUCGACCGUACACGUCGACGCGAUGAGACUACGGUGCCGUAACCUUAAAAGAAGCGGCGUCCGUAUCAAAGAAUUCUAUUUAAAUAGCGGCGUAACGGUCUCCCCUUGUAAGAAAAGAGCCAUUCUUGUUAGGCAAGAUCUCGGAGCCAAGUGGUCGCCUAUGUACUUCGACAGUUACCGAUUUUCCGGAUACCAACUCGUGUCUCGAGUGUUGGGUAUUUUUGCGUACGAUGCUAUCGAUGAAAAAAAUCGUACUGUUCCAUCCCGACUCGAUAUUCGGGCCGGGAUUAGACCAAUCAAGAUCGACUUUAGAGAUGCGAUUCUACUUAAUAGUUCAUCAGGGAUCAUUCCUUUAUGUGUGCUGUUCCAAGAAGAUGGGAGAGUGAGUUUCUCCAACCAAUCAGGACCUAACACGUGUACCGCAACGAGCCACGGCCACUUCGGCUUGGCGGCGGCAGCGGAGGCGCCGUUUAGAGGGAAAGCGAGAAAUUGGCAAAUAGUGACGGCGAGCACGGUGGGGGGCGCAUUGGGGGCUUCUCUUCUUAGUUUGCUUGUAAUAGCGAUGUUCGUGAAGGCGAAGAAGAAGGCGAGAAUCGACGAGCUCGAGCGAAGGGCUUACGAAGAGGAGGCAUUACAGGUGUCAAUGGUUGGCCAUGUGAGGGCCGUUGUGGCUUCGGCGACGAGGACGAAGCCGAGAAUGGAGAUUGAUCAUGAUUGUCGAAAGUGAUCGAUCGAUCGAUCGUUGGAUUCUGAAUUCUCACUUCGUGGUUUGAUUAUGUGUAAGAUUUUUGUUGGCCUGUUAUUAUUGUAGUGUCGUAAGAAAAUGAUUGAUUUGGACAAACAAUUGGCUAACUGUGACACACUGGCUCGUAAUCCACGUAAAGUCGGGUGUGUCCGGAUUGCAAACUGACCUCUGAGCAAGCACGUUUAAUUUUUGAGUUUUUUCAGUAGGGUUGACGAAAAUGAAU